AUGAAUAGAACAAUUCAAAAAUUGGGCCUUUCAACAGAGUAUGAACAAAAAACAGUAAUUGGUGAAUAUUUGACAUAUAUAUUUGGUCUACAAUUUCUAGAUCCGCAAUCAGUCGGCGAUUGCUUUUCGUUCGAAUUAGCUGAGAUACAACCAAAUAAUGAAAAAGUUAGAAAAUUUAUGGACUACUUAGUUGAAAAUUAUAUUGACAAUAAUUCUUUUUUUCCACCUCUAAUUUGGGCAGAAAAAAGCAGUAGUGUUAGUCGUACCACUAAUUCAUAUUUGACGGAAGAUGCUUUAAAAUCAGCUUUAAUAUCGUUCAAGCAGUCAUUGAUGGAAGAACCUAUUGAAAACAAAUUUAUGACGACUGUUCCUAUAUUUGGAUACUCGGGAAUUUUAUUAAUGAUGCUCGGUAUUCAUUUUGGCAAACUAAGACUAUCUUUCUCGACAGUACCAACCACUGAACAAAUACUUAGUUCAAUAGACAAAUUUAAACCAACAUUUUUGAGGGUUGGUGCAGCUACAACCAAUGAAAUGAUGUCCUGUCAAAUGGAAAAUGGCCACAAGUAUAAUAUUCAGAGUUUAACGACAUGCAGAGUUAGUGGGUCUCCGUUGCGAGCUAAUUUACAAAAGACACUGGUAAAAAAUUUACUGCGGGGAAGGAUACUGAUCAAACAAGGGUACGGUUCUUCUGAACAGGGUAUUGUAACAGUUUGGUCGAUGGAUUCGGGUAUAAGUACCGUCAGAGACGGAUCUGUCGGGAGACCAGCGGCUGGUAUAAAAAUCAAAAUCGUUAGCUUAAAAACUGGCGAAUGUGUUGGACCCAAUACUGAAGGCGAAAUUCGUAUUGAAUCGGUGUCCAACAUGAUGGGAUAUGUCAACGACAUGAAAAAAACGAUUUGUUCGUACGACGAAGACGGUUGGUUCAGGAGCGGUGAUAUUGGAUACUAUACGGACGAUUGCUGUUUGUUCAUUGUCGGUCGGAUUAAAGAGUUGAUGAUUUACAUGGGCGAACAGAUCGCUCCGGUCGACAUAGAAACCGUUUUAUUAAGUCAUCCUGCCGUGCUCGAUGCAGGAGUGACGGGCAAAUACAGUGUUCACGGAGAUUUGUUGGUAGGAGUUGUCAAAGUCAAAACUGGUCAAAAUGUCACACCCGACGUACUCAUCCUACAGUCAUGGAUAAUAAUAUGUUCCGCCGAAAUGUGUUUAUAGUUUCUUGUUGUCAAGAUUUUGGUAAAUAUUUUUCAGAUAGAGUGAAAGACCACGAGAGACUGCGUGGCGGUAUUAUAUUCGUAGACGAUGUGCCUAGAUUUCAAUCCGGUAAAUUGCAACGAGAAGAACUUCUUAAGCUCGUACGAUAAUUGUAUUUGCAUACAAUUAAUUAUUAUCAAUAAAAAGAACACAACAGUAUAAUAUGGAAUUUUUUCACCCGAUCCACAGAUGGUUGACUGUUUAUGUAUAUACACAAUAAUUAAAUGAAAAUAGGUUGUCCUGCAUGUAGUAUAAGUAUUCCAUACUUGUACUUUCAUAUUUUAUAAAAGUAAAAAUUGUUUUAGCGGAGUAAUUACUAAACAGUUCUCAAAAUUUGAAUUGAAAAACAAUUAAAAAAAUAAAAGCGCAAAUGUCACAUUGUAGAACAAAAUAAAUAUAAUAUUGAUCUCAAAACAGUUAAUUAGUUAAAUAAAAAAGAACAAAAUUAAAUAAUUAAAUGCACAUUAAUACGUUAUAACUGAAGUAUGUAGUUUGGUGGUAGUGAAAAAAUAAGAUGAUUCAUUAAAAAUUAAGCAACAUUUAACCAAGUUAAAAAAAAACGAUAUUUGAACAGUUGAGAAUAUUUCAGGGGUUAGGGAAUACUAUGUUUACUUAGCAUAGUAUCUUGGAAUAUUUUGUAA